ACGGCGACACGUUCGGCGUUGUUGAACCAGUUUUUUCACGAAUUAUACAAUUUAACAAGUGCAUUUUAUUCAUCGUCGUAUAAUAUUAUUAUGGCGUGUUUUAAAGUGGUAAAAGUUUUAUUUUGCAUUAUUUUCGGUUUCAGCCACUCGACGUCGUGUUAUAAGUUACCGAAAAACGACGAGAAGUGUCCAGAAGUCAGGGCCAGAAGCAAUUGUGAUCUAGACGCAAUUAAAGGUCCGUGGAACGUGAUUGAGUACUACGCGAGUUCCGAAGAGGUGGAGAUCUACAGGUGCAUGAGGUCGACGUUCAAUCUAUCGCCGGACACGCCGGAGAUUUCCAUGGACUUUACGUACAGCUACGCGGACGACCCGGACAACGAGAUGCUGACCGGCAACAUCACGUGGAAUAUACCAAGCUUCGAACUUCCCGGUCAUUGGGUUCACAUGGAAACACCGUACGAAGGCGUUUACAACACGUUCGUGCUGGACUGUAAGGACACGUGGGCGGUGCUUUUGCACUGCGCUGAGAAACCGUCCAGCCCGCGGUAUCUGUCCAGUAUCCUGUUGUCCAGGAACAGGACUGUGCCGGUAAACGUACGCAGUUACGUACACGACAAACUGCCCAAGUACGGCGUCCAACUUGAGUACAAUUUUCCCAUGGUGCAGGACGAUUGCAGUCCCGCCGUCAUCCCGCUGUACUACGGUACAAAAACGGUAGCGGCCGGCGACAAGAAAACCGGAACCGGAAGUAACAAUUUCAAGCACCCCAUGCUGCACAACGACCGCGGAAAUAAGCAGAAAAUCGAAAUCGAUAGCGAUUUAAAUAAUAACUGAUAAUAUUGCAUUAUGUUAUAUCGUCGAUAUCGAUUCACUUAAACAUAUUUUGGUAAAAUUAAAUAAUGUUAUAUUAUUACUAUCUGUGCCUAGA